AUGUGGACUUUUAAUGAGUCAUCCGCGUGGCCUUCCAGAGUGGGGGAAGUAGUCAGCCCCCUCUACUGCCCAAGGAAGAAAAUAAGCAGAAAACAAGUGUGCGUUGCCUACCUGUCGUGGGUUGGAAGUGGUCGGAGGUAUUCAUUGCUGUGUUUUGUGUGCAGUGGUCGGCAUGGUGGAUUAGGACAAAUUGUGAAAAACAUCUUCAAAAUGACAAAUUCUGGAAUAAAAUCAAACAUGGGUUUAUUCAGAAGCAUAUGUUUCAUUUUAUUCAUCCUGGUUCCUGGUGGAAGGACUAUUUUUCGGGAAGGAUACUUCAAUGGAUCAUCCCAUGUGGUCCUUCAAACAUCUGUCAACCUGUUUGGCCACACGGGUCUGAGUUUCCGAACUUGUAGUGGAGGAGAACUUUUCUCACAAGAGAUUGGUAGAAACGAAUUAUCUUUGAAUGUGGAAGCAAGUGGAAAUCUCAAAUUGACUGCAAAUCUUGAAAGUGGUCAUAAUUUUGAAACUCGAAUACCUGCUUUUUUGGUGAACAGCAUGUGGUAUACUGUGAAUUUGAUGUACCAUUUGGGCACUCUCACAUUAACAGUGGCUAAUUAUUCAGAGAUUGUGGCCAAUUCUACUUACAAUAGUGAAUUGCUAACAAAUGCUGGUGUCUUCAGUAAUGCCUCAGUGUUGUAUGUGGGCCGAACAUUUGUAGGUUGCAUUUUAGAAGGCCCAGGCAUUAUAUUUAACUCUUCCCAAACCAGUUCUCUCAACGUGGACUGGGGUCCAUGUCCUCUUACUCAAAGGAACUGCACUGUGCCGGAUCACUGCAGUUCUGAUCCUUGCAUGCAGCACGGCGUGUGUGAAUCCCGUCCUGACGGGUAUGCCUGCCUCUGCAAUCCUCGCUAUGGCGGCACCAACUGCGAGAUUGACAAGGGUCCCCCAUGUCAACAAAAUGGCAGCAGCCCUUGCAAGAACGGAGGAGAAUGUGUAGAGAACGCAAUGGGUAACUACAGUUGUGUGUGCAAUCCAUUAUUUACAGGUAAAAACUGUGAAACUGAGAUUGGUCUCAGCCCAUGCGAGACAAGUCCGUGUAUGAAUGGCGGUACAUGCAUUCCACUUGAUGAAUCUUACCAAUGCAUCUGUGAACCAGGUUUCACUGGUGGAACCUGUGGAAUAAACAUUGAUGAAUGUCAAUCAAUACCUUGUCAAAAUGGAGGUACUUGCCAAGAUCAAGUCAAUAAUUAUACUUGUCAAUGCCUUGGUACUGGAUAUGGAGGAAGGAAUUGUGAACAAAACAUUAAUGAAUGUGAUGAUUUCCCUUGCAUACAUGGCAGAUGCUUUGAUACUUACGGUGGUUAUACAUGUCAGUGUGAUCUUGGAUAUGCUGGUAAUAAUUGUGAUGAAGAAGUGGAUGAAUGUACAAGUAUGCCAUGUAGGAACAAUGGUCUUUGUUCAGCUUUGCCUGGUACCUAUAGUUGUCAAUGUUUAGCUGGAUUCACUGGGAAAGACUGUGAAACAGUCGUUACCAAUUGUGAAGAUAUGAUAUGUCCAUCAGGCACGGCAUGCAGUAUUAACCAAGGAAUUGCUCAGUGUGUUUGUGAAGGAGGCUUAAACUGCUCAGCUCCAAUUACUUGUAAUAGUAAUACUUGCAAAAAUGGUGGCACAUGCAGUAAUGGACCUGAAGGAUAUGUCUGCAUCUGUCCUCCUGGAUAUACAGACAAAAACUGUGAAAUAUCCACCGAAUCAUGCAUCAUGAUGUCUUGUAAAAAUGGUGGCACCUGCAUGCCAAAUGGUGAAUGUGCGUGCCCUCCUGGCUUCACAGGCCCCAUGUGCCAUUUGCCGCUUCAGUGUUCAGAUUAUCCUUGCAUUAAUGCCAGCAAUUGCUUCGAUGACUUUGAUAGUGGCUCCUACACUUGCAUCUGCAAUCCUGGUUGGAUGGGACACAACUGUGACACACGCUGUUGUGCUGAUGUUGGGGACUGUGUUGAAGGCAGCAUCCUUUGUGAUUGUGGGACAGGGCCACAGUGUCAAGUGAGCAGAAAUUUCUGUGUGCCAGAUCCUUGCAGAAAUGGUGGCAUUUGUCAAAAACAAUCAGGAGGAUAUACUUGCAUUUGUGAUCAAGGAUUCACUGGUAAAAAUUGUGAUAGUGAACUCAAUGCAUGUUCAUCAGCACCCUGUCAACAUAAUGGUCAGUGUGUUCCCCUUGAAAAUGUCAAUGCCUCCAGUGGCAGCUUUAAGUGUCAAUGUGCACCAGAUUACACAGGAAGAUUGUGUGAAACCAGUAUUACGACAUGUGCAAACAUAACUUGUCCAACACCAAAAAGGUGUAUUGACUUGGCAAAUGGACCUGAAUGUCAAUGCCCUAGUGGUUUCACAGGUCCAAUGUGUCGUGAAAAAGUAGUUGGAUCAUGUCCUAAUGAACUAUGCAACAAUGGAAUAUGUAGUGGCACCCUUGAUGAUUAUCAAUGUUUUUGCAAACCGGGUUUCUCAGGAGAUCACUGUACUAUUGACAUAGAUGAAUGUUUGUCAAUGCCCUGUAAAAAUAAUGCAACUUGUCUGAACCAAAUAAAUGGAUAUAACUGCACAUGUACAAUUGGAUUUACUGGGAGAAACUGUGAUGACAAUAUAAAUGAAUGUGAAAAUGAACCUUGUGAGGGUGGUUCAACAUGCAUUGAUUUAAUUGGUUCUUAUAGAUGUGUUUGUUUACCUGGCUUAACUGGAGAUAACUGUCAAAUAAAUAUUGAUGAUUGUGAGUCUGCCCCUUGCCAAAACCAUGGAAUAUGCAAUGAUGGAAUUAAUAGUUUUCAAUGUAACUGUACCAAUACUGGAUUUGAUGGUGAUUUCUGUGAACGUAAUGUUGAUGACUGUGCAUCUAAUCCCUGCUUUCAUGGAGCCACUUGUGUAGACAUGAUUAAUAAUUACACUUGUCAGUGUAACCCUGGAUAUGAAGGAAGGAACUGUGAGAUUGACAUUCCUGAAUGUGAUAGUUCUCCUUGCCAAAAUGGUGGAACGUGUCAAGAAUAUUCAAAAUUAUAUGCUGAAAAUCCUGAAUGGAAUUUUCAAAAUGCUAGUGGGUUCACAUGCUCAUGCCUAGAAGGUACCACUGGAGACAGAUGUUCAGAAAAUAUUGAUGAAUGUAAUAGCAAUCCAUGUUUACAUGGAAAGUGUGAAGAUAAGUUAAAUGCCUUCUUCUGUGUGUGUGAAGAAGGAUAUGAAGGCGAACAAUGUGAAAUUCCCAUCAAUGAAUGUGAGAGAUAUGAACCAUGUGGUUCACAUGGAAACUGCACUGAUCUAGAACCCGGUUACACAUGUAACUGUGAUCCAAAAUAUGGAGGUCAAAAUUGUUCAGUAGAACUUACAGGAUGUAGAGAUCAUCCUUGUCAUAACAAUGGGACAUGUACACCAUAUUUAGAAGAUGAAUCUCAGCAUAAGUUCAAUUGUUCUUGUUCGAAAGGAUUUCAUGGAGACACUUGCCAAACGAUCACAACAAUAUCACUGACAGAAUCAUCCCGUAUGGAGAUACAAACUGAGCGUGAGGAAGGCUAUGACAUACAAUUUAUUUUCAAAACAACUCUACCAAAUUGUCUAUUAGCAAGUGGAAGAGGUCUUACAUAUUACACUCUUGAGUUGUUGGGAGGACGAUUGAACCUGCAAACCAGCCUGCUAUUAAAUAAAUGGGAAGGAGUAUUUAUAGGAGCAGAUCUGAACAAUGGCAGCUGGCAGAGAGCUUUUCUUCAAAUCAAUACAACUCAUGUUGUUCUUGCUGCAGAUCAAGAACAAACAAUCCAUCCAAUCCUCCCCACUGAAACUACAAAUACUUCAUAUACUAGUUUCAAUCAAACUUUCAUUGGCUAUACAGCUUUUCAAGAACUACGCUCAAUUGUUCGUAGCCCUACCGUGUUUGUUGGAUGUAUGGAAGACUUGGUUAUAAAUGGGCAGUGGAUUACUCCCAUUGAUAUUCCACAAACAGAUAUAAUUGAAAAUGUAUCAACUGGCUGUCAAAGAGAACCUCAAUGCCAUCCAAACCCUUGCAAUAGUGGAGGAAUAUGCACUGACAAGUGGAUUGAUUUCUCUUGUGCCUGUGUUCGACCCUUCUUGGGUCACAAAUGUCAAUACAGAGCUACAGAGGGUAUUGUGGAAGUAACAUUGACCAACACUUCCCGAGUGGCUGUUAAUUCUGUUAUGGACAUAUCAAUGUUUGUCCGCACUCGCAUGGAAAAAGGUGCAAUUUUCUAUAUGACUUCUAAUUCUCCUCAAGAGACUGUAAUUGCAGCCCAGGUUGAAAGUGGUCAACUUUCUGUUUACAUUUUAUUGAAUCGUUCACUGGAAUAUUACGUUGUUAGUGGUGUUCACUUGGCAAAUGGUCAGAGUCAUUUAAUUCAGAUUAUACGAAAUGUAACAUUAAUGCAAGUCAAAAUAAAUGGCACCGAAUUUUUUCGGAAAACAAUUACAGCAAGUGGUGCAAUUGAUGUUCAAAAAUUGUAUCUUGGAGGUUUUCCCCAACAUGCACACAACAAAAAAAAUAAGCGUCAAGCUAGUGAAACUUCACAAAAUAAUGUAAUGUGUGAUGUUUGUUACUUUAAAGGUGUUAUUCAAGAUGUCCAGGUCACUAAUGGUACAAGAACAAUGGUAGUUGAAUUUUUUCCUCUGACUGUGCCUGAUUUGACAAUUCCUCCAAAAUUUGGUGAAGUUUAUUUUGAUGAAAAUGCUGUUUUGAAAGGUGUUGUAUCUGAUGAUACAUGCCGUGUCAAUCCAUGCAUACAUGAGGGAAUAUGUGAAGUCACAUGGAAUGACUUUGAGUGUAAAUGUAAACGAGGUUACAAGGGAAAGAGGUGUGAAGAAAUGGAAUUUUGUCAGUUGCAAGAUUGUCCUGAUGGAAGUUCAUGUCGCAAUCUAGAAAAUGGAUACGAGUGUGUUGCGAAUGUAACUUUCAAUGGAAAUAAUAAUUCAUUGCAUUACACUCUUAAUAAUUUUUAUGAUGGAUCAAGUUCAUACAUGAAUAAUAUAACUCUGACCUAUCGCAGUAAAUUUGGUGGUACAUUAUUAUACAUUACAUCCUCAAAUAGUGUUGAAGAAUUUUUCUCUAUCUCAGUGCAAAAAGAUGAAAUUACAGUUAGCUGGAGAUUGUAUGUUGGAGAUAAACAACUAACAGAAUAUUUCAAAAAAGAUGAGCCUGAUGGCGAGUGGACAAUCGUAGUUUUCAAGAUGGAAAAUGAUCAAUUAAUUGGUGGCUUUCAAGAUGCUGAUGGCCACCUGAAUCAGAAGAUAAAUAUUAACUUUUCUUUGGAUGCAUGGAAUACUCUCGUUCAGGGUGGGCAUGCAUACAUUGGAGGUUUGUUCUCAACAAGCCCCAUUCAGCACUCAACAGAUGGCUUAGGUGUUUUAACUGUAAAUACAGUUACUGAGUCAGUUUUUGCAACUCCAAGAACUCAUUAUACUUAUGAAACAAGUUUAAUAGAUAGGCCAUUCUCAGACAUAUCAACAAAUUUUAAGGGCUGUAUUGGAGAAACACGUAUUGGCAACAUUUUAUUAUCUUUUUUGACUCAAGCCCAAUUAACAAGAUCCAAUUUGACAAACAAACACCAGUUUUCUUUGACUGACCCUGAUUCUAGUUCCACUUUGGAAUUAGGUUGUCUGCUGUGUUUUGAUACAGAAUGUCAUAGUGGCGGUAAAUGUAGCAAUGCAACACAAUUAUACACUUGUGAUUGUCCUGAAGGUUACACAGGUGAUUAUUGUGAAAUAAAUAUAAAUGAAUGUGAGAACAAUACUUGCCAAAACAAUGCAACAUGCCUGGAUGGUAUAAAUAAUUAUACUUGCCAGUGUGCACCUGGUUACACAGGUGAUAUGUGUGAAAUUGAUAUAAAUGAAUGUGAAUCUAGCCCUUGUCAGAAUCAAGGCACUUGUGUCAAUCAAGUGAGUUAUUUUGAAUGUGAAUGUCUUGAAGAAUUUACUGGUCCCAAAUGUGAAUUUCCCAGAGAACUCACUUGUGCUAACCUACCUUGUAAGAAAGGAUCAACUUGUAAGGACGUGAAAAAUCCUAAAACAGGUGACAAUUUUACGUGUAUCUGUGCUGAAGGAUUUGAAGGCCCACGUUGUGAUCAGGCGUACUGCAGCAUUACUCCUUGUGAACAUGGAAUGUGUAAUGACACUCUAGAAGUUCCACUUUGUCAAUGUUUUCUUGGAUACGAAGGACGAUUCUGUGAAACAAACAUAAAUGAGUGUGCAAGUAAUCCUUGUCAUAAAGGGAAAUGUCUUGAUGGAAUAAAUACAUAUUGGUGCAACUGCAGUGGAACGGGUUAUGAAGGAGUUUCAUGUGAAAAGGAUAUUGAUGAAUGCUCACUGUUAGAAAAUAUUAAUCAGUGUGGUCCCAAUGGUUAUUGUGUAAAUUACCCUGGGGGAUACAUGUGUAAUUGUACAGAUGAAACAGUUUGUGGUAAUACUUGUGGUCUACGGAAUCCAUGUCUAGAUGAACCUUGUCUAAAUGAUGGACAUUGUAUACCAAAAUGUACAGUUGUUCCUGAUUAUGAAUGUGAUUGUACUGGUACUGGUCACACAGGGGUUAAUUGCACGCAGGUGGAAGCAGCCAAAGGCAGCAGCCCUAUGGAUAUAGCUGUUAUUGUUGCUCCUAUUGUUGCUAUCUUUUGUUUAUUUAUGGGCAUUGGAAUCACUAUAUUCAUAAGCAUGGCCAGAAAGAAACGUGCAACUCGGGGAACUUAUAGUCCAAGCCAGCAAGAAUACUGCAAUCCCCGAGUGGAACUGGAUAAUGUAAUGAAACCACCUCCAGAAGAAAGACUUAUAUGAGUUUCAAGGACUGAACAUGUAAAAUAAAUAAAAAUCCACUGAAAAUACCUGCCUUUUGAAUAGUAGUUUAGAAUGUGUUAAUGUUUUGGGAUAUUUAAAUACUCCCAAGACAUUAUAAUCAUAUGAGAUUUUAUAUGAACAAAUAAAUGGAGAAUGAAUAAUGAGUUUUAUCAUUAUUUUACAUUCUCUUUAUUACUUCAAAAUUUUGUUUUACCUGUAAAUUAGAAUUGUAACUUGUAAUUUAUUUUAAUGUACAUGAAUACACAGAAAGGGACUCAGCCAUAUUCAUUCUGUCUGCUUCACAGCUCAUGACUUUCACUUAAUUUCUCUUAAAAAGAAGUACGACUCACUGUUAGAUAAUUGCCAUUGACUUACAAGUGGGGUGUUUUUUUGAAUUUUAAAACUUAACUAUAAUACAAUUUAAACAAUUUAUAUACACUAAAUAAUGGCAUCAGGACACUCAUAUAAGCUUGCAAAAAUGCAAAGGUAAGAAACAUAAGGGAUUUUUUUAAUAAAAUAAGAAUAUGGACUAAUAUCUAAAAAGCAAAGGCAUUUGCAUAGAAAUCAAAUGCUUUCAAUUUAAUUACACAAAUUUGAGUCCUAUUCUUGUUUCAAUCAAAAUGUAUCAACUUUGUAUGAUCACGUUGAAGUGGAUAUAUACUAAGGUUUUUGAACUUGUUUAGUUUACAUUGCGCUUUUGUUAAUUACCUUUGCUGGGUUCAGAGAAUGUGUAUUCAUUCCCAAAUGUUUUUCUAUGUGUUGUUCUCAUUUUUCUCUAUUUGUGAAGUUUAAUCUUUCUUUAUAUCCCCCUUAUUGACUUCAGACUGUUUAGAGCAAUCUUGAAAAAAUUGCAUUGGAAUGUAUCUAUUUUUGCAGAAUGUUCUGAUGUUUAAACAUUUUAAUCAUGGUAACCUUACUUAAUCAUUGUAACCAUAGAAUUGAAAAUUUUGGACAAGAUUAAGUUCAGCAUGACUGCAACUAAAACAAAUGACAGAAUACAAGUGCCUUAAUAUGGUCCAUCCAUUAAAGCAAUUACUGGAUACUGACACUUUCUCUAUUAUUGACAUUCAUUCCUCAUAACUAGGAAGCGGAUUUUAAUGACCAUAUAUACAUAUACAAAUAUAUUUAUAUUUUUUUCAAUUUAAAAUAAUGCUUUUAGUAUAGAUAUUAAUUUUACGUUUUAAUAAAAGGAAAUUAUCCGCUUUUUUACAACAUUUUUUGUUGAGUUCGACUAACAAGUAAUUUUUAACCUUUUCCAUAAUUUUAAAAGAAUUUUUUGCUUCAAAUAAUAUUUAAAGAAGUCUCAAUGACAGCAGUAAGAUAUCUUUUGCUGUAAGAUAGCUUCAGUUGUUCAAACGAACAAUUCAAGCUGAACUUCACUUGAACUAAUUUUAAUGAAUUUUUGGUCAUUUUUCUUUUCUUUUAGGCCAUUUUUACAAUCAUUUCAGAGCAUUUCCGGCAAUGUUUCAGGUCAUGCAAAUCCACUCCCUACUCAUAACCAUUCAAUUUAUGACAGACUUAUUUAUUUUUUUCUUCCAGACAUGACUUGUAAUGUUCUUAUUUUCAUAAAACAAUCUGAAUAUUGAUAAUUGUCAUUCUACAGUUAUGUACCUAACAUUCCAUUAGUAUUAAUGUAGGUUUGACAUAACAUGACAUGCCUGCUUUGUAUUCUUUAGAGAACAAUCAUGUACCUCUCUCUUACUACUAUAAACUGUGUACAGAUUGUUUCAUUGUAUUUUUGUAUCAUUAUUACUUUAGAAAUAGAGUACAUACAUCUAUGCAAUAUAUAACUGCAAAAGUAAGUAGGUGUUACUUAUUUCAUGUGUAAAUGUAUGUGCAGACAUUGAUUCAUGAAUGGAACAUUAUCUGUAAAGACGUAAAUUUAUAUGUACACACACACAUGUAUAUUUACAUAUAAAUUCAUUUUUACUGUAUACACUUCUAUAUUAAAAAUGUGUUUUUAUAAUUUUUUUCUUCGUAAGUUUUUCCUACAACACUAAGGAAAUUUGUUAAUAAAAUUAGUUAUUUUAAAGUAGCCAUAGAUAUUUCUACCAAAGAGUGUUAUUAUCUAAUAGAGCUGUGCAACAAAAGCCGUCCAAGAAUGAAAAUGCCUUGAAUGUUUGUUUAUAAAAAUGUGUGAGUGUGAGUGUUUAACCAACAGUUGUUAUGAUUCCCAAUAGCAUCUAGUAGUAUCAGUCAUAUUAUUUCAAAUAUCUUGCAGUGUAAUAUAUGCUUAUACUAUCUUCCUGAUUAUAUGUUUCCAAUCAUUGUGCUAAAGUUGUCACUGGUUUGUUAAAAAUUCUGUGAUCAUUUAUUGUAAUAAAAAGAAAAAUCAUUAUUUUAUUGUUGAUUGUAAAUGCCAAAAUUAAAGGUUCCUUUUUGUAACAAAGUAAUGGUCUUGCCAAUCAACAAUGAGGGGUAUUUGUGGUUUUUGAAGACUUCACUAUUUGGUGAAUUUGGUACGAUCACAAAUCAUUCUUUAGAAUAAUGAAUACAUAAUCAGUGCUUUUCAGUUGUUGUUGUUAUUCAUUAUUGUAAUGACUGCAAUUUUUGCACAUUCAAUUUAAAAAAAAAAAUUAAAAUGCCACCCAUCCUGUCCACCAAAGACUUCCCAAUUGUUAUAUUCAUAAAAUAUAAAAAAUGUAAUGGCUUUUUAAAGAAUAAAAUGAGA